AUGCUAUAAACGCCUGCAAUUUAAGGAUAUAUUUAUAUUUAUGCAGAAUUUGAAUUUAAUGCGCCGGCAAUUUUCAAAUUAAACUCUAAGAUCACACUGCCGCAUGCCAGAGAGAGGAAACUGCCAACUUGUUGCUAAAAACUAAGAAAUGGAUACUUCUACAACAAUGCCGCACACAACGCCCAGUUUGGUGGCAGCAACAACAACAACUACAACCACUACUACUAUAACAACAGCAGCUAAAAUGGUCUCCCGCCAGUGCCUUUCCACCACAUGCUCUAAUACUACUACCACUACCCGCUUCUCCCGCUCUGCCUCCCACACUCCUCGACGUCAACCGAACAAUCAGCGUCGACGUUUAACCUGCCCCAGCAAUUCAAAGGCCCGGCACUACGGCCUUUCGGCAUUGCUUGUCGGCAUCGUUUGUCUAAUGCUGAAGACGCCAACAGUUGCGGCUUUCGAUAUUGCUACUUGCAAUGUGCCACUGGGCAUGGAAUCGGGCGCAAUAACAGAUGCUCAAAUAACCGCAAGCUCGGCGCAUGACACGGGCUUCGUUGGACCGCAACAUGCAAGACUGAAAACCGAUAAUAAUGGCGGCGCCUGGUGUCCCAAACACAUGGUCUCCAAUGCACUGAAGGAAUAUCUACAGGUUGAUUUGCAGCAGACACACGUGAUCACCGCUAUACGCACGCAGGGUCGCUUUGGCAAAGGUCAGGGUCAGGAGUACACCGAGGCCUAUGUGCUUGAAUAUUGGCGACCGGGCUUUGACAAAUGGCAGCGCUGGAAGAACACACAAGGCAAGGAGAUACUGUCGGGCAACAUAAACACAUACAGCGAAGUGGAGAAUGCAUUGCAACCGAUUAUUUUUGCAUCAAAAAUUCGCAUAUAUCCGUAUGGACAGUACGAUCGGACCGUCUGCCUGCGCGCCGAGAUCGUCGGCUGUCCCUGGGAAGAGGGCAUUGUUUCGUACAGCAUACCGAAGGGCGUACAACGCGGCAUGGAAGUGGACCUGUCGGACAAGACAUACGAUGGCAAUGAGCAGGGCGAUCGCUAUGUCGAUGGUCUGGGUCAAUUGGUGGAUGGCCAAAAGGGCAAAGAUAAUUUCCGCACGGACAUACACGGAUUUGGCAAAGGUUAUGAAUGGAUUGGUUGGCGCAACGACACGCCCGGCCUCCUAGGCAAACCCGUUGAAAUUGUGUUCGAAUUCGAUACGGUUCGCAAUUUCAGCGCCAUCGUUUUGCAUACAAACAAUAUGUAUACCAAGGAUGUGCAGGUCUUUGUGCACGCCAAGGUCUUCUUUAGCAUUGGCGGACGUUACUUCUCCGGGGAGCCUGUUCAAUUCUCCUACAUGCCCGAUACCAUAAUGGACCAUGCACGCGAUGUGACCAUCAAAUUGCAUCAUCGUGUGGGCAAAUAUUUGAAAAUCAAUUUGUAUUUUGCUGUCAAAUGGAUUAUGCUGUCGGAGAUCAGUUUUAUAUCCGUGCCCGCCAUGGGAAAUUUCACAGACGAACAGGAGCAGCAGCGCAAUAAUGCGGCCGCCAUUCCACAGGAUACGCGCGAAUAUCCGCUUCAGAGCAACGACUAUCAGCACAAUCAUAACAAAAAUAAAAUGAACGCGGCUGGUGGUGGUGGCGGCGGCGUUGGCGGGGCGGGUGUGUCGGCUGUUGGCGCCGCUGGUGGCGCCACCAGUGGUGGCCACAACUACAACAACGGACCGCAAUUAAUUGCACCACGGCCCAUUGAUCAGGAGCCGAACGAGGCGAAUUUCAUUGGCGUUGUUAUUGUUGUACUAACAACGAUAAUUAUCCUGCUGGUGGCCGUUAUUUUGUUCAUCGUGUCGCGCACGAAGCGAGCGCGUGGCAGUAACGUCCUCGAUGCAUUCCAAUAUAGCUUCAAUCCCAACACUCUGGGCGGCAAUGUCGACAAGCAUCGGCCCAAUGGCAAUAGCAUUAAGGCCAGCGUCGAUGACAACGACUCCAUUGGAAAGAACAGUCUCUACCACGAGCCCUUCAAUGUGAAUAUGUAUACCAGCGGUGUGAAUGGCUACGCAGCGGUUAAUGAUUUACAAUGUAAUAUGACGCCAGACUAUACAGAUGUGCCCGAAGGUGGCUAUGCGGUGCCCCACAUGCAGGACUACAUGCCAGCCUCGAAAAUGGCCAACGCCGGCGGUGGCUACGUGAAUGUGCGACGCACGCCACCGCCACCAUUGAGCAGCAUUUUCCCUCGGCCGCCGACUGUGCCGCCACCGCCCAUGGAGAAGUAUUAUGCGACCACGGCCAUUUUCAAGCCCAUCAAGGGCGCCGGCAGCGUCAGCAGCAACACCAACACCGUCAGCAGCGGAGGCGGUAAGAGCAACCACAGUCAACAGCCGCUGGAUCACAGCAACUACGACGAUGGCAUGGGCACCAUGAAUUCCCAAUCUACGGCGCCCAUGAUCAAUCCGUAUAGCAGCAGCGGAAGGGAGAACAGCAGCGCCGCCGCCGAAUUCCAGCGCGCCAGGACUUAUAAUUUCCGCAGCUAUCCCGAUAAUCUCUAGUUCGAAGCUUCACUCAAGUUGGCAGCGGGCCCAGCGCCAACAGCGACUGCAGUGCGAGGAGAGGGCAGCGAGGGCAAAACAAACGUGGGCAGCACGCCGCGUGCUCUUAGCGUGGUCAGCACGAUGCCCAAGAAGCAGCAUCUGAGUAUUGCCAACACAAAUAAUGCCGCAACGCUCUCCGUUAAGCCCAAAUACAGUCUAACGCUGCACAACAACAAAUAUGCCGGUAAUGGAAAGCCCUUCACUCCAAAUUCCACAACAAUGCGCGACAAUCAGCAACAACAACAACAGCAACAACAACAGCGACAACAUCUGAAGGCAUUGCGCCUGACACGCGAUGCAGUGACGGAUUCUCUUGUCUCCGAUUACAAACGACCGAGUGGACUGUCGCCGACAAUGGCGCUGGAGGACGAUAUAGUGGGCGUGCAUAUCAAUCGUAAUCCGCUGAAAAGUGCUGCCAAUGGUGAAGCUUCAACAAAUCUAACGAUAGCAACAACAACAACAAAUACGAACACGAAUACAAAAACGAAAGUAACUGCUAAUGCAAAUGCGAAUGCAAAUGGAAAUGGUAAUGGAAAUGGUGUUAUUAGAACACAAAACAACAGGCUGUGGUAUCAUUGAUGAAAACCAAAAAUUGAUUGGAUUUGAGCGCUGAACUCUACAAGGACAUGCCAGAAAGAAAAAUUACACGUUAGAGCUAAAUGUUAGUACGUUGACCGCCAGUGUGCCCUCACAGUGUUUGUUGGGAGGGCACACGGCGACAAACAAAUUAAACCCACUGAGCAAAAAUGUUGAAUUAGCAACAUCGCCUACAAACUUCAAGUAGCGCCGUACAUGAGCAGAAAAUUUGCCAACGAAUACACGUAAACAGCACCCUGUAAAUAGAUAUGUAUCAAUCGGUAGUUGAAAGCAUAUAUUAAACAUUAAAGCAAAACAAAAUGAAGAGCUGAAUUUUAAAAACAAAAA